CCGGGAUUUUGCCCCUGGGGAGGGGUGCUGGGGUGUUUAUUUAUUCAUAAUGAGGUAAAUAGGACGCGUCCUCCGCCUCCUCUCGGUGGGACCAGCUGUGAAAUACCUCUGUUUUCUAUAAAGCUUGUCAUUCAUCAUGAGCACCGAGUUGAAUGUCCCCCCGGACCCGCCCGCCUCUGCCUGCUGUACGGAGCCUGCUGCCAAAGGCAUGGACUACCGGGAUUGGGUCCGUCGCAGCUACCUGGAGCUGGUUACUUCCAAUCACCAUUCCGUCCAGGCUCUCUCCUGGCGGAAACUGUACCUGAGUCGAGCCAAACUGAAAGCUUCCAGCAGGACCUCUGCGUUGCUCUCUGGAUUUGCCAUGGUGGCCAUGGUUGAAGUCCAGUUGGAGAUGCAGUACCAAUACCCUCAGAUGCUGCUGAUCGCCUUCAGCGCCUGCACCACCGUUUUGGUUGCCGUCCACCUCUUCGCCCUCCUGAUCAGCACCUGCAUCCUGCCCAACGUGGAAGCCGUAAGUAACAUCCACAACCUGAACUCCAUCAGCGAGUCCCCCCACGAGCGCAUGCAUCCUUACAUCGAGUUGGCGUGGGGCUUCUCUACCGUCUUGGGGAUCCUCCUCUUCCUCGCCGAGGUUGUCCUUCUCUGCUGGAUCAAAUUCCUGCCGGUGGACUCCGUUUUGAAAAACGACACUGCCGUCCAAAAGCCGAGCAGCCACACGGGCUGGCAGGCGGCCCUCAUCUCCACCAUGAUCAUGGUCCCUGUGGGGAUUAUCUUUGUCAUCUUCACCAUCCAUUUCUACCGGUCGCUCGUCCGUCACAAGACUGAACGUCACAACCGGGAGAUUGAAGAACUUCACAAACUGAAAGUGCAGCUGGAUGGGCACGACAGGGGACUGCAGGUCGUGUGACGGACGGGCCGUCUGCCUGUUUGGCUGGCUGCUCUGCAGAGGUUUUUCUUAACAAGAAUGAAUGAAAACAGAUGCUGAGGGCCCCUCAGGGCCUAUAACUCUCGGUCAACUAUCACCUCUGAUGGCUUUUCAUAGGGCUGAACGGUCCACCUUCUCGGGGCUUUUAUGUCUGCGAACAACACUGCCAAAUUACUAAAGCUGAAGAGGUCAUCUGCAGACGGGCUUGGCCUUUUGAUUUCCAAAUUGUUAAAACUGAUUAGGCUGUCCUUUGCAACUGAUUUUAUUUGUCAAGUAGAGUGGGUGGGUUGGUGGAAGAGAGAGAACUGGGGAGGGACCUGAUGCUAUCCAGAGCUGACACACUGGCAGCGAGUUCACACAUGUUUUUAGAGAUAAAUUGUCCAACAGGAGUAAGUGAAUUCGUCCUGUGGAAAUCUGCCAAAACCUCAUGAAAUGUAGUCUCUCGACAUCUUUUAUAAAGGGGUUCACUGGAAUAACGAUGGGGAAGAGCAUUAUAGCAGUUUGUGCAAGCUCGUCCUUCUUGGGUUCGUUUUGUUUCUGUGCUUGUUCCAUGCAGCUUCUAUAAGAGCAGCCCUUCCUGGCCUAUUGAGCUUUUCAUCAAGAAGGGAAAGAACAUCUUGGCGUCAAGAAGCUCUCGUGUCAUUGGCUAUUCAGAGCUUCAGCGUAUCCUUGGAAAGGCUGGAGACAGCCUAGUUAGAAAAAGAGGAAAGGAUUUCAAGGAAGGAUGUGUAGAAUUUUACUAGAAAAAGACUUGCUUUCAGGCCUGACAAUCAAAGCCUUAUGGACUAGCAAGGAAAGCAUCUAGAAUGGGCAUGCCCUGAUUACGUGGGCAGCCCUGUAGCAUGGUGCACAGCAUUGUAGAAGAUUUGACCAAGGAACUCCUCAUUGGAUGAGCUGGUAUCAUUCAGCUGAAAACAGCUACUGCUGCCUGUUCCUGUUUUCUCCCCCACCCCCCAAAUUAUUACUGACCACGAAAAAGGAAGGAAAAGUGAUGGGGUGUGGAAAGGGUUUUGGGAGGUCCUUUCUCUCAGCAUUCUGACAGGUUUGACACAGGAUUACAUUAUUAUCAUUGUCUGCAUAGUGCUUGUGUGCUCUCAGAAGGCAAUUAAGCUCGCUGAAAUAAGGAUGACGCGGAUUCAUCCAUAGACAAAGAAGUUACUUCUGUUGUCACAUGAUCAAUGAACCUAUGGUGUUAAGAUGGCAAAACUGAACCUGGAGAAAUUAGAUUCCAAGGCAGCAAUCCUGUGUAAACUUGCUUGGAAGGAAGCCCCUUUGAAUGCAACGCAACGAAUUUCCAAGUAAGCCCAUGCUGGGUUGGGCAUCAUGGCAGAUUCCUGCCUUGCCAAAUGUUAUGCCAUCUUAUCCUGCAUCUCAGAUCUUUGCAUGUCCUCAGAAUGCUGUUUAGUACAGAGGUGAGGAUAACUGUAUGGUACAUUAAAAGUUUAUGGUCUACAUGGUCACUGUCCUUCCUAAAAAAAAUCCUUUAGUGUCUGCAGAACAGGGUUAUUGAAAAAGAUAUUCAGUGCUUACCUUUUUCACUGGACACUGUUGCCAAAUUUUUUUUAACCAGAUUGUUAACUUCAUGAUGACAAUAUAUACCUAGUGGUUCUCCCUCAUACCUGCAUUCCCAUGCCUGCAGGAGACUGCUAGUUCUAGUAUAACGCGUAAGUAUAUAGUAUUUACGAUGCAUAUGAGUUGUGAAAUCCUCCUAAACUGCCAAUUAUUAAAUACCUCUAAGCUAUUAUUGUGGUGCUUUUUCCCCCCAAGGAAAACAUUACUUUCUUUAAACAGCAUUCAAAUCAGCCGCUUAAGGAAAAAGGAGGUAAGUCUAGGGCUGUUUGUGCACCGCCCUCAAUCACAGAUCCAGUACGGAUUAGUGAGAUCUUUUGAAAGCUCCAGUAAUGCAGUUGGCGGGUGCGGCGCAUAUGUGACAAUGCAAGAACACAACGUUCUGCAGUCACGAGCUGGAGCCGCAGCAAAUUGUCUCCGGGAACUCGAGUGGCACAGCUAGUGCUUGACACACCCGUGGCAAGAGCGACGGAUACCUUCCCAGUGCCUCUUUCAAUUCCUCCAGAGUUCCUCCAGAGUCUAUAGGGAAGGGCCAAAACCCACUGCCAGUCAAGAGCAGAAAUGUAUUCAGUUGUCUGACCCAGUUGCUUUUUAUGUUUGUAGCUUCUCCCACCCCAGUCUGCAUCUAACAGAACUGGAGGUGGUAUCUGCACAGCUGGGAGUGGUACUGACACAGGGUCCUUGGGGCGGGGGGGAUCAAACCAGUUUUUAGAGGUAAUUUAUUGAAGGGAAAGGGCAUGUAGACAGAACUGGGAAGGCACAAGGUCUGUAAACAAACAUUUUGGUAGGUUGAACAGUUUAAAUUCAUAAUAUACAUGGGAGUUCUAACUCUGAGGAGGAGGACAUCUUGAAUCUUGGGUGUUUCCCAUCAGCUGUUCAAGGAGGCAGGACUAAACUAAUCCCUUCCUAUCUUCCUCCUUGCCCAUGGCCUACGUUGUGCAUGUGCAUAAAGUGCCAUCAAGUUGCAGCCGACUUACGGCAAGCCCAGCAAGGGGCUUCUGAGACGCAGAGGUGGUUUGCCAGUGCCUUCCUCUGCAUGGUAUUUCUUGGUGGUCUCCCUUCCAAGAACUG